GGAAAAAUGCCCCUUACAUUGGUGAUCAAUGGGAAGAAUGCCCCUUACAUUGGUGGCCAAUGGGACGAAUGCCCCUUACAUUGGUGGUCAGUGGGAAAAAUACCCCUUACAUUGGAGGUCAGUGGGAAGAAUGCCCCUUACUUUGGUGGUCAGUGGGAAGCAUGCCCCUUACGUUGGUGGUCAGUUGGAAGCAUGCCCCUUACGUUGGAGGUCAGUGGGAAGAAUGCCUCUUACUUUGGUGGUCAGUGGGAAGCAUGCCCCUUACGUUGGUGGUCAGUUGGAAGCAUGCCCCUUACGUUGGUGGUCAGUUGGAAGCAUGCCCCUUACAUUGGAGGUCAGUGGGAAGAAUGCCCCUUACGUUGGUGGUCAGUGGGAAGAAUGCCCCGUACUUUGGUGGACGGUGGGAAGAAUGCCCCUUACGUUGGUGGUCAGUUGGAAGCAUGCCCCUUACGUUGGAGAUCAGUGGGAAGAAUGCCCCUUAUGUUGGAGGUCAGUGGGAAGAAUGCCCCUUACAUUGGUGGUCAAUGAGGAAAAAUGCCCCUUACAUUGGUGGUCAGUGGGG